AUGCAAAUGGCCCGGCGUUUCUUUCUGCGGAAGCACAGCGGCCUUCGUCCCGUCUACGACUUCAUGAGGCGCAGAGGCCACAGGGAGAUUUACAUGCGCGAUAUGCUGCGCCUAAACGCUGCUACGAACGACUUGAACACCCUCAUUUCAGGAAGGCCUGCAGCAGUAUCCCCCAAACAGGGAGGGAUGCCUGCAGCCCCGGCCUCGUCUGUGGGGGUCCCCACAGCCCAUGCGUUGGCGGUUGCUGUGGGGGGCUCCGAGAAGGAGACGCAGAAACUGACAGCAGAACGAACAGCCAUCAUUAGGGGCAUCAGGUCUGGCUUCGCUGCUUUGUGGGAAGCCCUCCAGCCUGACCCUGAGCUACGAGACAAGGGCACAGAAGAAGCGACUAAGGUGUUUCCCGAUGACCUUCCCUUCUCCCCAGCCCUGAAGGGGUCCCCAUUGCCAGCUCCUCCUGUUUAUACAGCGGAGGAGGCUUCAGCUCUAUUAUCCCCCGCCGAGCUGGCGGAGUACUUCCUAGAAUCGGCGAAGGCGGUGCAAGACCAAAGCAGCCCCGCCCGCAGCAACCAGACAGAGACGAAGCCUGACGAAAACCCUCCUUAA